AUGCGAGGACUGCCCAAGGUCGGAGGUCCCGACAAAGCGGUCUACAGGAUUCCGGUGACACCUGCGCGACGGUGUACCCGAAAGCUUUGUUUGCUGCAAGCCUCGGGCGCGUACAGACGAGGCCAGACGGCUGUAGAUCUCGAUACAUUCCUCGUUCAGGAGAAGGUUCACACACAAAUCCACAACUCGUCCCCUCACAAAGUCUCCUCACAGUAUACCAUGUUCCUCAUUACCAUCUUUACCGGGGCCGCUGCUCUUUUGGUCGGAGCUGAAGCCAGCGCCGUGCCCCGUCAAGCCAUCGCAGACCCGCACAUUACCAACUUCCGGAUCUGGAGCGCAGAGGGCUGUGCUCAAGAGGGCAACCUCGGCGUGUGGACCAUCACCCAGUCGCAGACCAACGUUUGCCAGCCGACAUUCAAUGCGCCGGGCGAUGAUGUCAAGUCGAUCCGUCUCAACAGUCUCGUCGACGGUUGCGAAGUAUUUGUCUAUCCCACGGCAGGAUGUGAAGGUGCUGCCCAAAAGGUCAACGUGGAGACGUGCGAGGGAAUCGAUGUUGAAGACAGUGCUCAGAAGCUUCUGAGCUUCAAGGUUGUCUGCGCCUGA